AUGAACUCAAAGCCACUCUUUGUGCUCAAUUCAAUCAGUUUCAUGAAUUCUACAUGCAUCCCGGAUAUUGGAUAUUUCGACUCUCCGGAGUUUUUAUCAUUGGUUCUCCAUAUCAAUACAACUAUUUCCACACCAAUUCAUUUAUUCGGAUUUUACUGUAUUAUAUGGAAAACUCCAAUGGCUAUGAAAUCAGCAAAAUUGUAUCUGCUGAAUUUGCAUAUCUGGGUUGUUGUGUUUGAUUAUUCGUUAAGUACUCUAACCAUUCCAUUUUUGCUGUUACCUCAUUUCGCUGGUUAUCCACUGGGAAUAUUAAGUUGGUUUGAUGUAUCAGUUUUGCUUCAGAUCACUAUGGUGUUCAUUUUUGUGGGAAGUAAGAAGUCAUAG